UUGGUUGCACAGCCUUGACCAUGGGGUGUUGCUACGCGACCACACAUCAGGAGUGUCAACAGGACGUAUAACACAUAUCAAAGUUGACAACAGACGCUGAUGUACAGUUUUUUGGUAACAAUUCCCGACAAACUGAAGUUUUAAAAGUCGGUAUAUUUCAGCGGAUUCGGUUAUAGCCCUCCUUGCUAGCAUAAGUGCACCACUAACAUAGCAAGUGCGAACAUGUCGGCAUCAAAGAGGUUUCAAGGCGCCAACACACUAUCUCGAUACCACCAAAACUUUUUGGAAAGGCAGCACUGCAAGUGGCAUUCUUCCGAAGACAAAGUGGCAAAUAACAUGUUCUCUAUCUGUAUUUUGAUGCCCAAUUACAUGUUGUUCAGACUGCCAUCAGAGAUCCUGCAUAAGAUCCUGUCCUACCUCGAUGCUGCAACACUUAUCUGCAUUGGUCACGUCAGUAAGAGCUUCUAUCAGCGUGCCAAUGAUGAGGCUCUGUGGAGAAAUAUAUACAGGAGGCUGUUGAACAAGAAGUCUAUCAACAUGGUCAGGAAGAUGCAUGAGAUAUACACGCUGGAGUCUCAGGCUCAGCCUGUGGACGGCUGGAAGUUGCAUUACAUCAGGACUCGGGAUGCGUGGGCCAGGAAGAAGUGGAGAACACACCUUGGAGUCAUCAGCCGUCACACGGGAUUGCCGAGUCACACGGAUCAGAUACUCCGAAACAUUACCUGGGAGUUGACAGCCACUGACAGAUCAAACCGUGAAACCACAUAUGAUCUCAGCUUUCUCCGGUUCUUUGAUACCUCUGUGGUGCUGUGUUGGUAUGGAAACUGGCCUGACUAUCAUCACAUUUCUACCAUUCAGCUCCACGGCGUCAGGAGAAUAGCCCUUACGUGUCCCGGACUAAAGGCACCAGGGUGGAGGUCCUUCAUGGAGAUGAUUGACAUGGAGACUGUAACCAAAGGCAUGCAAGACUAUGGCCAGGACCAAGUCAUUGAACUGAAGCUACUCAAGCCUCACAUUGUCAUGGGACUUUGGAAGGGCCAGCAUCACAUCGCCUUUGUCAUAAUCACCCUCCACUUCCAUAAGCUGCUGGAAAGAAGCACCCAAGGCUCCUCUGUUUGGCCCUACGUGGACCCAGUUGUCCAACCCCCAUUUGAUGACAUUGACCCCGAUUAUGGCCUCCAUGGUUACCAUCUCCACAUAGUUCUCCACAGCAGUGAAUACCAGAUCAUGUCUGAAUGCUUCCCUCAGCUAUUUUGCCAUAGAGAUCAGAUCUGCAAUGGCCUUGUCCGACUUACUGCCAUUGAUGGUACUUUCUUUUGGCAGCACAAGCCUCUGUCAGGCGACAUCACUCUGCCCUGGAAGUGUGAGGCCCUACAGGGCCAAAUAAAGGACCGUUGUUUUAUGACUCUUACUCUUCUUGAUGAGUUCAACAAACCUUUUUGGUGCUUCAGCUCUUCAGUGUCCACGAAGUGCAAGGAGAUGCCCUUUUCAGUUUUGUACGCCACUGAACAGUUUCUCAUCCACUAUCAGGACUCAGACGGUGAAGUCAUGAUGACCAUAGUGCAGGGGGAGAAAGAAAAGCAAUUAUAUCUUGUCAACUUAGCAGUUUAUGUGUCAACUGGCAAACUCAAUAAGUAUUUUGGGAAAGACUACUGAGAAUACCUAACGUUUUGUCAAGUUUAACAUUAUCGCAUUAUCUUGACAUUUGUUUAGUAAUUUACAGUGUUCUGGCACAAACAUAGAAUUGGUGUUGCAGAAUUCUAACAGUUCAAUGGAUUGAAACAAAUAUGUAUCACCAAGGGAGAAAAGAGGCACCACACUAUGUGUGAUCAAUUGCUUUUAGUCAGUAGUGUUUAAACCUCUGGUGACAUGCAAUUUCAAUGAUCAAUAAGCGGUAGAAAAUGGAUGGAUGGAUGGAUGAAUGGAUGGAUGGAUGGAUGGAUUCAAAGUCAAACAGGAUGUAAAAGUCCUUAAGUUUUAGAAUGGUAAAACAUUUUGGAAUCAUAUUUCAUUUUACCUGUCUAAAGAAAUGUCUUUUUUUUUUCAAUGUUGACCCUUUUGAAAGCUUUUUGAUGAGAACAUUUCACAGGUUUGAAUUAGUAAAAUAACUUAUGUUUAACAUUUUUGUGUAGAGCUGAAGUUGAUUGCGAGAUAUAAGCAAAAAACUUUGUGUUUCGUGCUUCGUGUGCUGUUUUGGUUCCACGCUUGUAAGUAAUAAAUUAAUUUUUUCACUUG